CCAAGGAACCGUGGAAGGCUUCCGGGUUUGGGCCUGGUUGUAGUAGAGGCGGCGGUGGCCGAGUGGGACGGGGAGCAGCUGGAGCUGGACUACCGGCAUGGACGUUUCGGGGCAGGAGACUGACUGGCGGAGCGCCGCUUUCAGACAGAAGCUGGUCAGUCAAAUCGAGGAUGCCAUGAGGAAAGCUGGAGUGGCCCACAGUAAAUCUAGCAAGGAUAUGGAGAGCCAUGUGUUCCUGAAGGCCAAGACCCGGGACGAAUAUCUUUCCCUUGUGGCCAGGCUCAUUAUCCAUUUUCGAGACAUUCAUAACAAGAAAUCUCAAGCUUCUGUCAGUGACCCUAUGAACGCGCUGCAGAGCCUGACCGGUGGACCUGCCGCAGGAGCAGCUGGAAUUGGCAUGCCUCCUCGGGGCCCAGGACAAGCCCUAGGUGGGAUGGGUGGCAUUAGUGCCAUGGGGCAGCCAAUGCCCCUCACUGCGCAGCCACCCCCUGGGACCUCUGGAAUGACACCUCAUGGCAUGACUGUAGUGUCCACGGCAACUCCACAGACCCAGUUGCAGCUCCAGCAGGUGGCACUGCAGCAGCAACAGCAGCAGCAGCAGCAGUUCCAGCAGCAGCAGGCGGCACUACAGCAGCAGCAGCAACAGCAGCAGCAGCAGCAAUUCCAGGCACAGCAGAAUGCCAUGCAGCAGCAGUUCCAGGCUGUGGUGCAGCAACAGCAACAGCUGCAGCAGCAGCAGCAACAACAGCAACAGCACCUCAUUAAAUUGCAUCAUCAAAACCAACAACAGAUACAGCAGCAGCAACAGCAGCUGCAGAGGAUGGCACAGUUGCAGCUGCAGCAACAACAGCAGCAGCAGCAACAGCAGCAGCAACAGGCUUUGCAGGCCCAGCCACCAAUACAACAGCCACCCUUGCAGCAGCCACAGCCUCCCCCCUCCCAGGCCCUGCCCCAGCAGCUGCCACAGAUGCAUCACCCACAGCACCACCAGCCUCCGCCACAGGCACAGCAGCCCCCAGUGGCUCAGAACCAACCAUCACAACUCCCGCCACAGUCACAGAGCCAGCCUUUGGUGUCACAGGCUCAAGCCCUUCCUGGACAGAUGUUGUAUGCCCAACCGCAGCUGAAAUUCGUCCGAGCUCCGAUGGUGGUCCAGCAGCCGCAGGUACAGCCUCAGGUACAGCAGCAGCCAGCGGUGCAGACAGCACAAGCUGCCCAGAUGGUGGCUUCUGGAGUCCAGGUCAGCCAGAGUGGCCUCACUAUGCUGUCUUCACCAUCACCUGGCCAGCAGGUGCAGACUCCACAGUCUAUGCCCCCUCCCCCGCAGCCAUCCCCACAGCCCAGCUCACAGCCCAACUCAAAUGUCAGCUCCGGUCCUGCCCCAUCCCCCAGCAGCUUCCUGCCUAGCCCCUCACCUCAGCCUUCCCAGAGCCCAGUGACAGCACGCACCCCACAGAACUUCAGCGUCCCCUCUCCUGGACCAUUAAAUACCCCUGUGAACCCCAGCUCUGUCAUGAGCCCGGCAGGCUCCAGCCAAGCUGAGGAGCAGCAGUACCUGGAUAAGCUGAAGCAGCUAUCUAAGUACAUCGAGCCCCUGCGCCGCAUGAUCAACAAGAUUGACAAGAAUGAAGACAGGAAAAAGGACCUGAGUAAGAUGAAGAGUCUUCUGGACAUUCUGACUGAUCCCUCAAAGCGAUGUCCCCUGAAAACCCUGCAGAAGUGUGAGAUCGCCCUGGAGAAACUCAAGAAUGACAUGGCGGUGAUGCCUCUGGCAGCCCAAAACCAAGCCCUGCCCUGGGAAGGAUACCUGGGCGGGAAUAAGGCUGCAGGGGUUAGAGCUGUGUCCAGUCUCAGUCAAGGUGGAGGCCAUGCUCCCACACCCCCACCACCAGUGCUAUCGACCAAGCAGCAGGACCUAUGCCAGCCCCUCCUGGAUGCUGUCCUGGCCAACAUCCGCUCGCCUGUCUUCAAUCAUUCCCUGUACCGCACAUUUGUGCCGGCCAUGACAGCCAUCCACGGCCCUCCUAUCACGGCCCCAGUGGUGAGUACCCGGAAGCGCCGGUUUGAGGAGGAUGAACGGCAAAGCAUCCCCAAUGUGCUGCAAGGGGAGGUGGCCAGAUUAGACCCCAAAUUCCUGGUGAACUUAGACCCUUCUCACUGCAGUAAUAAUGGCACCGUCCACCUGAUAUGCAAGCUGGAUGACAAGGACCUCCCAAGUGUGCCACCCCUGGAGCUCAGCGUGCCUGCUGACUACCCUGCCCAGAGCCCGCUGUGGAUUGACCGGCAGUGGCAGUACGAUGCCAACCCCUUUCUGCAGUCUGUACACCGGUGCAUGACCUCCAGGCUGCUGCAGCUCCCCGACAAGCACUCGGUCACAGCCCUGCUCAACACCUGGGCACAGAGCAUCCACCAGGCCUGCCUCUCGGCCGCCUAGCCAGGAACAACAGGGACAAACAAUAGCCUCGUCCAUUCUGUGGAUCCACGCCUCAUAUUGGACCUUUCUAGGUGUUGGGUUCCUUAGAGAGCCUGGGGUUAGGUAGCUUUCCUGCUUUUCUCUUCUGCCUUGGGGUCUCCCCAUACUUGUACAGUUCUGGGCCAGCUGGCUGUGAAGCUGACUACGCGGGGAAGGCACAGGGAGGGGCCUUCCUAGAGAAGAUUCUCCGUUCAGCACCCUCCAGGGAAUCAGACCCACAGGCCACGUUCCCUGUGGCUCCCUGCUCAGGCUCCAGGCUCCCUGUCCACUCUUCAGCAGCAUGAGGGAGAACUCAGGGUCUCAUCCAAGAAUCUUGUGAAUUAGCAUACAUUCUACUCGUUUCCAUAGGAGGACGUGGAAGAGGACAUAGGAAAUCCUGACAACACAACUCUCUGAUGAGUGUUGGGUUCAGGCCAUGCUGCUUGCGGCAUGUGAAACAGCCCAGAGGUGCUCUGGGACUUGCGUCCCAGGCUCCAUUUCAGAGGGAAGGCCAGCCUCUGGGCAGCAAGGAGUCCCUGGUCACAGGUGGGAAUCAGGCUGUGUGCUGUGAGGGACCAGGGGCGGGAGGGUCAAACGAGCCUGUCCCGGGUACACCUGUGUCCCUUUUGGCCAAUGGUGCCAAGUUCCCACUGUGAGGGAUGAAGACUGACCAGCUGGAUACUGUCUUGGGACCAGGCAUCCCUGGAACACCCUGUUCUGUGCAUCACCCUAGAGAGUGUGGACACCCUGUGGGAUGCAGCUACCCGGCAUCUCUGUGCUGCGUGCCGCACCGAGCAGCAGCCAGCAGUCCUCUGGUGACAAGAACUUCCCUUUUUAUAUGUGCACUACCCUGUCCUAUGUGGUUCAUAUAAUAAAUUUAUUAUUCCUGUGUUUGUCAGGA